AUGGAGGAAGACAUACACCUGGAAGCGAGCUCUGGCAAGAGGACUUCCGUCCCCCAGGUCGAUAAGCGAGAGGUGGCAAAUCAAGGUCAGGAUGCUUUUAGAGAAGCUGGAAAGGUGCUGGAUGUGGGAACGCAUGAUGAAUCCGUGGCACGCAGGUUGCAGCGCUCGUCCUUGCAUGCGCCUUCAAUUCAGGGUCAGCCUGUCAAGAGGCUGUCUUUGCCAUCUCAUGCAACGAGGCCUCGGCCCCAACAGUUGGAUUCGAUAGCUGCCGAACAGCCACCUGCUCACAAGGCAUGGGAAUCUGAACAGCCACCGGCGCCCAGUGCGGAAUCUGAGCAGCCACCAGCGCAGAGUGCGGAAUCUGAGCAGCCACCGGCGCAGAGUGCGGAAUCUGCACUCGUGGCACGCCUGGUUGGACGUGGCUUGGCGAACGAGGCCUCGUCUUCUCUGCGGGAAGAGAGGACCCAAGUGGACCAAAUCAAGGAGUUGGGUUCAGGGCGCACCUCCUUGGAGGCCUCCUCUUCGCCACCGACGCAGUUGCUGCCAACCCCGCGGCAGUUUUCGAACGCAGAGGGCCAAGAUGAGCAAAGCCUCGACACUCGCCAGCCGAAAGCUGAUGCCUCUAUCGCGCCACUCUCACAGAGCCAGCGCCAACGAGAUCUCCAGGGGAGCAUCAAAGGGCCCAAAGUCGCCCCGGAACCUCAAGUAGACCAGGCCAUGGUCCGGGCUGCUCUGGUUCUGCAGCGCUACGUGCGACUGAAGAACUACCGCUGGUUCCUGCUGGGCCGUCGUGGGCCCUCGCCGGUGCAGCUGCCACCUCAUCCAGGUGACACGCGGCAGAUACCGGUUGGUUCUCGGCCGGGUCGAGACCCUGCGACAGCGUGGCAUCAGUGCCUACAGCUCGCGAGGGAGGGCAGAGGCAGAGGAGCUGGCAGCUCGGAAGAGGAGGCCGCAGUCGAUGAUGACUUGACCAAGAGGCGGGCGACCACAGCACUGGGCUAUGUGAGCGAGGUCGGCCGCUUUGCGGCAGCGGCUCGCGCUGCAGCAGUGCUGGUUAUCCACGAGGUGAUGUUGCACCCGUACGGUAUGGACACGGGGAAACACCGGAGGCAUCACUUGCCAGAGGAGGAAGGACAAACUGUGCCACGGCUGAUCUCAAAAGAUGAUGUGCUGUGGCCUCUCUUGCGUCCGCGCUUCGACGGCGACCGUGUCUUUGUGCAUGACUCUAUGGUCCUCACCGUUGUCGGGGGCUCCACCCAUGAGCGAUCUCAAGAGUUCGCAUGGCGUUUGUAUCAGCACGACCUGAAAGGACUCCAGGCGCUUGCGGACGCCAUGGCCGCCAGUGGCUGCGAGUCCCCCUUUUCAUUGCCCGUGGCCGUGCUUGUGGACUACUUGGGCUUCCGAGUGGUCUGUAGGCCGAAGGUUGUGGCGUUGGGUGAUCCGCCCGCUGAACUUGUCCUGGGGCCCCUUGCAGAGGCAGAGGUGGCCUACGGUGCGCCUGGGGACCUUCCAGAGCUGUGGCGGGAGGCCAGCAACGCCGCUGCUGCCCAGCAGGAGGAGACCAGGAAUCCGACAGCUUAUCCUGGCGAUUCUGCGGAAAGUAUCUGGCGCCAGCAGCUGCAGCUCCGCAGCCAGAGCCAGUUUGCCAGUCUCGUGCUGCACGAAUGGGACCGUCGGCAUCCACAACUCCGGAGUGAUCUGGGCCAGAUAGCGGGGAUGCUCGGCCUGCAGGGCUAUCCCGUGUGCUUGAUGAGCGAUCUGCCAAAGUCCUUAGCAAGCACAGCCUUGCUGAGACUGCGCUCGCACUCGCAUGUCUCAGGGAAGGACGAGGCCGAGGCGGAGGCCGAGGUGGAGGCGGAAGAGCUUCAUUUCCGGAGCCCUGCAGAGCUGAUGCCACCGGAGAUCCUACCAGACACCGACCCAAGCAUCUCCCGCAUCGUGGAUCCGGUGAAGCGACUUCGCCGCGAGGCGCUCUGGUCUCUGGGUGUUCCACCGAUUCCGCCCACGCAUGCAGUCACGGCGGCCGCGAAUUCUGGGCAAGCUGGCGGGAGUCAAGCCUUGAAGGAGCUGACUUCGCGCGCUGAGUUGGAGCUUCCGCAACAGCUCUUGGAGAGGAUCAGCUCCGAGGGACCGCCCUUGGACAGCCAAGGCUGGACCGAUAUCUUGCAUGCAUCAGGUGUGAACAUUCGUCACAUGUCUCGAGUGGCUGUGCUGGCCAGUACGUCCUCGGCGGCGGCUUUGCAUCGCGAGGCUUUGGCCAGGAGUGCGAAGUGGCUGCUUCGCAGGCGGCUUUGGGCAAAGAAGCCCUGGGCGCCGGUAGCACCACAGCGCUCCGAGGACGUGCAUAUCGGCCCGGAGCGUGUGGCCACGAUGCAAGCGGUUAAGAUCUUCAACCAGGUGUUGGGCUCGGGCACGGAGACCGCCGAGUUUUGGGACCGAGAGCUAGUACCAGAAACUACGCGCCGCUUCGGAUUUGAAAGUGCGUCCCUUUCGAGACACAGAGUAAAGCUCCACGCGCUAUUCCGAGCAAUGGAGCAUCAUUGCCGGGUGAAGUUUGCGUCCUCUGCACACCGUGCUCACUUGAAUUCACCUGGAUACCCGGAGCCGUUCAACGAGGGAGAUCUCGUCACCUUCGAGUCGGAAGCUUUGCAGCCUCACUUUCCACACUUCGCUGCAGUCAAGGAUCUUUGGCAGCAGCGCCUGCAGCAAUACCAUGCAGUGGAUGAAGAAACUCGGCGCCUCCGCGAUCACCUGAUAAAGGAGCCCUCUUUCUGUGGCUUUCUGCCCGGCGUCCGCAUCAUCUGUGCUCGAGGGGAGGAGUGGUCUGCUGCUGUGUCGGCACCCACACGACAUACGCGCGACGGUCGAUGGGAUCGCGUCUUUCAGGUGCUAAAGCUGCAGCUCACCUUCUCGCGAGCGCUGGGCGAGGCCCCUGCUGCCACAGGCGCAAUUCUGCAGGGCAUCGCCGUGGCGCUGCUUGAGAUGGCGAAGAAAACUUCUAAGCCCGUGGAUGAUCCCGAUAGCGUUGAUGAGAUGGCAGCUGAGGUGAUGAUGAAGACCGGGCCGACCGUAGACAAAACACGCUUGAAGCAAGCCUUGUGGGCUGCAGACUCCGCGACGCAAAUGUUGCCCAGUUUGCUCUCCGCGUGGUGGGCGCAGCUCGCUGCUUUCGAAGCCGAGUGGCUGUUGGACAAACAUGUCGAAGCGCAUGCCCGCUUGCAGAGGCUCCAGAUGGAAUGGGAGAGGCUUUCACCGGAUCAGCCCGUGCUAAUGCUCCGCUUGGAAGGAACGGCUGCGAGGCUCUAUGCUCAACAGGGAGACUGGUCCGCGGCUGCGCUGCACACGGAGAAGUGCUGUAGUCUCGCCGAGCGUGCCUUUGGCCGGGCGCACCCUGCCUCUGUUGCUCUGAGAGCACGGCUCGGGGAUGCUUGGUCGCGCCGGGAGGAUUGGGACAAAGCCACCGCAGCGUUCCAGGAGGCAUAUUCCGUUGCCCAGGUUGCCAGUGACCAAAGGACCACUGGCCGGUUGGCCUUCGAGCUGGCACAGGUCUUGUACUGGAAAGGGGAUCUUUCGGGAGCCAAAGGCUUCGCGGAAGAUGCCGUGAAGUUGUUGAUACCAAUUGAGGUGGGUGCGAGUCGCAGUGGCGACGGUCCUCAACUCAGCACCACAUCCUUCGAAGCCUUGAUGCUUCUGUCCCAGAUAUACGAGAACCUUUGCCGGCGACUUCUGGAGCUCCAUGACAAGGAGCAGGCAGAUAUCGAUCCGCCCAUGCUGCAGAACCUCAUCCUGAAGGCCGUGAAAUGCUUCGAGACGGUGCUGAAAAACUUGCCUCUGGCACAGCAGACGCCUCGCCGUCCGGGUGUGCUCUCCCGUGCGGCCGAGAUUGUGGAGUCCAUUCUGGGGUUGAAAGUUAUGGGCAUGGGUGAUGGCGAGUACACAGUGCUCGUCGAUGCUGUUGAAGAGCUCCUGCUCCAUGCUUCUGCGUCCACGGAAACCGCUCCCGCUUUGCAGCGCGCGAUCGCACAGACGCGGGGUGUGCGCCAGCUACAGCCUCGUGCCGAGACGAGAGCAGUAGCCGAGGCGGCGCUGCGACCGGUUUCCAGCGACAGCUCGCGAGAGCGUCCCGCGAGGCUUGCGGCGCUCUUCGAAUCCAUCGGGCGUGAGGCCUUGAUGAGUGAUGUCCCGCCCUCCAUCUGGUUCGAUCAGACUGUCCGCCUUGUGGCCGAAGGCUUCUCAGGGGCACCUGAGCCAGGCAAUGUGACAUACCAGGCGACUGUUCAACUUCUGGAGCUUUGCCGUUACUUCGGUGAUGCCGCACGAAUCAUCAUGUGUGCGGAGAUGAGCAAAUAUGACUACAUCCUCACACUGCGAGACUCUGCGGCGGCGGCCGAAAAGGCAGAAGUCAAGCAGUUCGGAGAGACCAAUGAGCUUUUGAAAGACUUGCGGAUCGUCUUCGAUUGGCUGGCAGAGGAGCGGGAUAGCGAGCGGGUGUCUAGCCGGAAGUUCAAGCAGCGCUUGCCGGAUGUGUACAAAAAGUUCCCACUUUUGGCGAGCUGCUUUUCCCGGAUGGACGUGAACGGAGACUGUUGGCUGGACUGGUCUGAGUUCGUGACCUUCUGCUUGGAGGACGAGCGGAUGACGCACCUCAUGAAGCGGCAGACUCGCAUGAACGUCUUUGGUGUUGACUUCUCGGGAGCUUUGACGGUGAAGGACAACCAAGACCCCGUUCACGGAUGCGAGUGCUCCUUUUCCCCACCGCUGCUGCCCUGGGAGACCAUGCAUGUGGUGGAAUGGCGUAUAACAGGCCUGCAAUACAGCGGCUUCAGCAGGGGCGUUCCUGUGAUGCAUCACGGCCGACACAUCGAUGCCGGCACCUUCAUCACCUCGCCGCCAUUUCGAGCAGCUGGCGUCACCGGCUUCCUGAGAUUUUGGCCUGCUGGCUACUGGACCGCCUGCCAAAAGCGGAAGAAGAAGGCCGUCAUCAACUUCCUCAUUGACAAGGAGAGGCCGGGAGACCCUUGUCCCUUCGGCAGCAUCUUCCACGGUUCAGGGUUUCAUCCUUUGAGCGGGAUUGCUGCCUCUCCAGUGCACCUGACUCAGCCCGCCUUGCCCUAA